GCUCUUUCCAUGUUCUGGCAAUUUGAUGCAUAGUGGAUACCCGUGUGUGCAACAAAGCGGAUACAUGAUGUAAAAAUAGAGAGUCCUCCUGUAGUCAGUCUGAUACGCAGAUUCCGAUGUAGUUCUUCUGAUUUUUUUUGAACGCAUUCUAUUCAUUGAAAAAGGAAACUUGCCUGCAUCAGGUCGUGGUAGUUAUAUGUGGAAGGUUUGAAUUAUUGUGGUACCCUUAUCCAUAUACGGAUCAGACCUCCUACCGCUGACAAUUUUCCAUCCGGAAAGACUGACUCAACUGUCGCUUUACCCAAUACAUGAGUACAUACGUCGACGUCCAUGUCCAAAAAAUACGGCUGCCACCUUGAUUUUGAACUUUUCCUGUCUGUGAUCGCUAAAUGCCUAAGAGUAAAUCCCGGUCGCCAGAAAAAAAAGCUGCCGCAUCGCCAUCAUCCGCAUCUGAAGUUAUGCCGGAAGAUACAACAAAGGAUCCGGCCGCGAGCGCGACCUCCCCACCUGAGGGUACUGCUAAUCGUCAGCAUAUAUACGAUACUAUACUUGUAGCAGCUACUAUGAUGCUAUUCAUCUUGUAGCACCAGCUGCCGUGAUAAGUUUUGUACAAGAGUACAGUAGAUGCUCCUGUGAUUAGUUGUCCGCUCUUAAAUUUGUGAUUCAACAUCUGUGGAAAUAUCGAAAGAACUGUUAUCAUGAGACUGUCGAUUUUUCUCAGUAUGAUGUCCAUCGAUUUUCCAAUAUUCUAUAAUUUUCCAAUUAAUUUUCCCCGUCAGCAGCUACUUGUUCUUGGAAAACCCUUUCCUCCUCAACAACAGCAGGUGAGAAUGCUGCGGUAGUACCGGCAAACAGCGCGGCUCCCACAACAGAUGGCGCCGCAGGGGGAGAAAAAUCAUCAAACGCAGUAAUGAGCCUCUUGGGAGAUAUGUUAAAGCAGCAGAAGACGCGAGUAUGCGCUGAGAGUCGGUUGGCGCCGGCUGACAAACCACACGCCUUUUGGGACACCCAACCAGUAUUUCUGAACAAUAUCAACGUGCUGCUGCUGGCUUCGGAAUUUUAUUGAACUACGGGAUACGGAUAGUACUAGUAGGACCACUAGGACCAGUAGAUUCCUAGUACCAGUUGUAAAGGUAGUGCCAAACUUUCACAUGCCUUCUACACAUUUUGAGUCUCAAGAGAUUCAUAAUCUCCUUUCGGUGCCACUGCCAGGUACCUAAAAUGACGGAAGCGCAUUUAGACACUGACCAAGAUGCUGGUCCUAUGGAGAUUAAGACGCUAGACGACGUGAGAAAAGAGCCUUAUCCCCUUCCAGACGCCUUUGAGUGGUUCGUCCUAGAUAUCAAGAACGAUGAGGAGGUAUAAUUUAUGAUCCUUUCUAGUAGUACUAGAGUAGAUAUAUAACUAUAACUGAAAUAUUCCCUGCUUUCCUUCAACACAGGAUUCACUACACGAGGUGCAAAUGCAAGUUUUCAGAAGUAAAUUUUCACUCAGUUGAUAUUGAUUUUGAUCUAGGGUGAUAAGGACAAGCCCGCUAUAUCUAUUGCCCACAAGAAAUAGUGCAAGUAUAAAUUUCAUCAUCUCUGACUCAUCCUCUUGCUCAUAUAAUACUCUCUACUUCACAUAACAGCGCGAAGCCGUUUAUGCAUUGUUGUCGGAAAACUACGUGGAAGACGAUGAUAAUUAUGACAAUUUGCUACGCCGUAAUAACCAAUGGCUGAUCCCAAAACCAAUUUUUUUGUGUACUUAGCUGCUAGAAGCAUGAUUUCUGGUUUUGGGACCAACGCAAGGGUAUUUUGAUUACGAUCUAGUACCUUUUCAUCGCGAUAUGUUUCGUUUUGAGUACAGCAAAGAGUUUCUGGACUGGGCACUAUGCCCACCGGGAUACAGAAAGCACUGGCAUGUUGGCGUUCGGGUAAAGAGCAACCACAAAUUUGUCGCAUUCAUUUCCGGCAUCCCAGCACACAUGCACAUUUGCGGAAAGGAUCUUCAUGUAUUUCGAUUUUAGAAAUUUUGAACGUAGUUUUCACUAAUACCGGAGUAAAGUUGAUUUUAGAAACCGAGACCUAUCGAAGUUGCAAGUAAAUUCACUGUAAAAAAGUGUCCGGUUUUUUACUCUUCAGCUUCAAUCAUUCAAGACGAACGAUAUACCUACUGGUGAACUGCUACAACAGGUCGCGGAGAUAAAUUACUUGUGCAUUCACAAGAAAUUGCGGUCAAAACGCCUUGCGCCCGUGCUGAUCAAGGAGGUAACCCGAAGAAUAAACUGUGAGGGUAUAUGGCAAGCAGUUUAUACCGCGGGCAUCGUACUGCCGAAGCCAGUUGCUCAGUGUCGGUAAAAACCAUACUUCAGAGUAGUUUGUAGCACGCAUGGUGCAUGGAGUAGCAUGGAGUGCAUGGAGCAGACGCAGCAUCGCCACGCAUGGAGUGCAUGGGGCUGUAGAAGUCGGGGUCGGUUGAUCGGCUAGACUGACGCCGCGGGAGCGCUGCCUUGUGUGUAAUGCGGAGGCGUGAUGUAACUGGCGGCGCUGCAGCAUGCUGAUUUGUUGCGGGUUGAUCGGCUAGACUGACGCCGCGGGAGCGCUGCCUUAUGUGUAAUGCGGAGGCGUGAUGUAACUGGCGGCGCUGCAGCAUGCUGAUUUGUUGCGCGCCCCAAGGCCCCGGCCCGCGAGUGAGUGGGCUCGGAGAUGUAGCAGUUGGCUCGGAUGCUGGCGGUCUGGAUGCUUGACGUUCCCGCCUGGGGUGCCGAGCUGUAGGCGUGUGAGCUCUGACGGAGGGGCGCCCGAAGGGCGCACCGAAAAAAUAUUCACGAAUGGAACGCAUGGGGCACUUGCUCCAUGCGAUCCAUGCACCCCAUGCCAUGCGAGCUGCCAAACCUUAAUAUAAACUAUUCUGAUAUUUGAUGUACUAGCUCGAUCUUCUGCGUGGACCUUAGUAGGAAACGUUUUUGAUUUUCAGGAUUAGAGGAUGACAUUUCAUAAAGAAACCUCCCAAGAACAGAUCAUAAUUCAAUUUUGGAAUUUCCCUUUCUCCCUUUCCGGUAUGGCACGUUGUCUAUACAACCCUUCCUUUGUCUGCAGGUAUUGGCACCGGUCUAUAAAUCCGCGCAAGCUAAUCGAGAUUGGGUUUAGCCAUUUACAACCGCGCAUGACCAUGUCACGCACAGUGAAGCUGUAUCAGCUUCCCGCGACAGCACAGACUCCUGGUUUCCGAAUUAUGGAGGAACGUGAUAUUCCGCAGGUUACGGAUCUACUGAACAACUUCCUGCAAAAAUAUUUGCUGCGCCCCAUCAUGUCGAAGGACGAAGUCCGACACUGGGUGCUCCCGAGGAAAGACGUCAUUUACGCAAUGGUGCGAGAAGAAAAGCCAGGAAAGAUCACAGAUGUCUUCAGCUUCUACCGAUUGCCAAGCAAAAUACUCGGAAAUGAAAAGUACUUGAACUAUUUUCUUCAAAGACUGUAAAUGCUUGGAAAUGGAUUUGGAUUCGAUCAAGGCGCAAGAGUUCUAUUGAACUCGGUUACUGUCUCUGUCCUGACGCCGAGGUUUUAUUGUUAUGCGUACUACGUUCAAAGUCAAAACCUUGAAACACAUCAAGACUAAUUACGUCAACUAAUCUCACAAAGACAAAUGGAAAUGCAAAGCCCGUCUUGCUUCCCAUCUCUAUUCUGAGCAUUAUCGAAGGAACAUGAUCAUAUUAAGGUACAAUCUGCUGAGCGCCGCUUAUUCGUAUUUGAACGUGGCUCAGACUGUUUUAUGGAAGGACUUGAUGUACGAGGCUUUGAUCCACGCGCGAGACAACGAUUUCGACGUCUUUAACGCUCUCGACGUGAUGGAAAACGAAGAAUUUUUGAAAGACCUGAAAUUUGGAAUGGGUGAUGGCUACCUGCAGUACUACGUUUUCAACUAUCGCAUGCCGAAACUCCCUGCAAGCUCCGUGGGUUUGGUACUGCUCUAAGAGGAGAGGAAGAGGAGCAGGAGUGGCCGUUCGCCUUCAACAUCAUCUCUCUCUUACUCUUGUUGUAGACCGAAGUGGGAUACUAACAACACCAACAGGAACAACAGCGUUGCAACGGACCUUGAACAAUAUCUGCCAUAGUUAUUGUGGGUGCCAAUAGCGCCAAUUGAGGAUCACGAUGAUCAGCUGCUUUCCCAGAAGCCCGUCUGACUUUAGAACGUAACGAUCAACACGUUGUUCUUGUACAUGCGCUAUCUCAGAACUCGAAGUUUGAUCACGACUCUAUCCCGCAAAGAGUACUGAGUCUGGUGAGGCCCCCUUGUGAUUUCCCGUAUCAUCCUCUGUACAUCAGCUUUAUUACACAUCAGAAGAAUACUCCAAAUGUAAUGUAAAUGUUAGUUUCAAUCAUCCGCAUUAUCUAUCAUAAAGAUUAACAAGAUCUUGAUCUUUUCAAGAUGAACCAACGCAGCUUCAUUUGUUUCCCCCAUCAUGGGGUCCAAUAUCAGAGAAUGGAUAACCUGGACGGACUAGCAGGAGUCACUUUUUGUAAUUUCCAUGAAAAAGCAAGGUAGAGGAAUAAAACAAAGUAAAAAAAAAAGUAUACUAUGGCUGUAUCAAAAUAAAGCGCGUCGUCUACCUGGGCCUCUGUUGAUCAAGGUUCUGCACGACUUCACCAUGGAGGAAUGUUCAUAUUCUCUUAUCGACACUACCCGUGUGCCAGUGACACUGUCUCUGUCUGGACGGUCAAACUGAGCGAUGAAGUUGCUGCUUCAAGGAUAAUGAGUCAAUUCCAGAAUAUUCGCGUUUUUCAUGAGUAAGUAGUUGUCCCUUUCAUUGAUGGGGGCACUUCAGUGAAGAUUAGACAUGCGCACUGUCAUCAGUAUCCAUCCCACAACGGUGCAGAUUUGACGAUCAUAAUGUGUCAAUAUCAAGUAUCAACAUCUCACUUGACGCUGACAAAGAGAAGACCAAGACAAGUUAUAC